UAUCAUACUUGUGUUCUAAAAAUAAACUCUUGCCCUUCUUUUUCAGGUUAUUGUAGUUUAAAUCCGCAAAUACAUAAAGAAGGAGGAGGAGGAUGAUGGCUGCAGGAAAUGGACAACUGACUGUCCCUCCAGGGUUCCGAUUCCAUCCUACGGAUGAAGAGCUUCUCUACUAUUACCUCAGGAAGAAGGUCUCUUAUGAAGCCAUCGACCUUGAUGUUAUUAGGGAGGUGGAUCUCAACAAACUGGAGCCCUGGGACCUCAAAGAGAAAUGCAGAAUAGGAUCAGGGCCUCAGAAUGAGUGGUACUUCUUCAGCCACAAGGAUAAGAAAUACCCAACAGGAACUCGAACGAACCGGGCAACCACAGCUGGGUUUUGGAAGGCAACUGGGAGAGACAAAGCCAUCCAUCUCGCCAAUUCCAAGAGGAUUGGCAUGAGGAAAACCUUAGUCUUUUACACUGGCCGCGCACCUCAUGGCCAAAAGACCGACUGGAUCAUGCAUGAGUAUCGCCUCGAAGAUGACAACAUUAGUGCUGAUCAAGUUCAGCAGGAAGAUGGAUGGGUGGUUUGUAGGGUUUUCAAAAAGAAGAAUCACAACAGAGGCUAUCAACCAGAAUUUGCUCAUCAUCAAGAUCAAGAACACGAUCACUUCCCAAACAUGAAGGCAAGUGUUUCUCAUGCUCCAGUACUACUAGAUCACCAUGAGCCAAAACAAAAUCAUCAUCAUCUGGAAGCACUGUAUGAUUACACUAGUAGUUUUGAUCAUGCUGGGUCCAUGCACCUCCCGCAGUUGUUCAGUCCAGAGUCAGCUGUUGCUUCAUCCUUCGUGUCGCCUAAUACUAUCAAUUUGAACACCAUGGACAUUGAGUGUUCUCAAAACCUUUUGCGGCUAACAUCUACUGCAGCAGCAGCAGCAGCUGGUUGUGGCCAACUCAUGCAACAGCAGGAGAGAUCCUUGAUCAACGGUGGUGAUUGGUCAUUCUUGGACAAGCUCCUCACAUCUCACCAGAGCCUCGAUCAUCACCACUCAUCACAUACCAAAUGCAACAACCCUUCUUCAUCAGCUCAGCAGCAGCUUAAUAAUUCUCAUGAACAUGUCGGUACUUCAUCAACAACACAGCAGAGAUUCCCAUUUCAAUACCUUGGCUGUGGAACUGACCUUUUAAAGUUUUCCAAGUAGCUAGCUCUGGGGUUCUGCAAGCCUGCAAAGUCUCUUUGGUGGAUCGAUAUUCACUUCAUCGAUCCAUCCUAAUUAAGCUGUGCACGCUCCACUCUUAA